AUGAUUGCUGAAAAUCAGCAAUUAACAAUUGAAGAUAUUGGUGCGGGUUUAUUUCUCAUUUUCUACGGGUUGAUUGGUAUUAUUGUGUACUUGAUUGUUUGCUUAGCGAUGUGUCAAAUGUGUGCUGAAAUUGUUGGUUUUCGAUUUUUGAUCAGUCAAGCGAUCACCGAUAUGCUUCUCAUGAUUCAGUUUGGUAUUUGGCCAGGCAUAGUGAUACUGAGUAAAGAUGAGUAUCUACCGGAAAACUACCGAUGGCAUUUGCAUAUCUACCUGGAUUUUAUGUGGUGGGCAAUGGUUUACCACUAUCCGAUGGUGGCGUGGUCGCGAUUGGCCGCUAUCGAAUGGCCGAAUUGGUUCAGAUGCCUUUCACAUGCGACGUGCACAGCGAUUUGCUGUAUACCUUGGUGCAUUGCCCUAAUGCAGAGUGUUAUUGAACAUCAGUUUGAUUGGUUUAAACCGUUGUAUUAUGAUUCGGAUUUGUAUGGGCUGACAACGGAUUGGCAAGAGUAUAAUGCGAGUGGAACGGGACGAUUAUAUUCGUUUUGCAAUGUGCUUUCGAUGAUUCUGCCGUUUCCGUUCUAUACGAUUGCGUUUUGUUCGAUUAUACGACGCAAUAAACGCCACUCGAAAUCGUCCGUGACCAGUGAGAAACUAUCGGUGACCAAGAACAAAUAUCGACGAAAAGACUCAUUGAGCGCCAUCAAUGUUCUCAUCCAGAAACAACUCACUAUUGAAACUCGACUCAUCAUACCAUGUCUUAUCAACACUAUUUUCUUCGUCUUUGGACAGGUU